AUGAGGGAGCCCGGUGGCCGAAAACAGAGCCAAGAUGGGGAUGCCAUGCGGCUCAUGGCAGACAUGGAACCUGGAGACGUGACGCCUGAGGCAGUGACGACAUCAGAGACGGUGCCAGAGACAGUCAACUCGGUGACCGCUCCCGAGGGUACGGCCAGGGUUUGGAGAAAGCUGGCGAUGGCAAUGGUGCCCUUGGCCCUGAUUGCUGUGGCAUAUCAUCAUUCGGAGCCAUGGGAUGCCACGACCAAGAUGGACGUAGCGGAGACGGUGGAGUUGACGGGGGCACACUCCACCUGGUGGGAUCCCAAUACGCAGUGCACCAAGAUGUUUCGGCACGUGAUGCAGGAUGGCCUAGGAACUGUAGCCAUGGGUGAAUUCGACUUCAGCACCCAAAAGCUCAAGAUGAAGCACAUCAAAACGCCCAAGCAAGCAGCCAAAGCGUUACAGGAUCCCUACACCAACUUCGUGCAUGUUGGGAAGUGCGGCUUCCAGAACCGUGCUGUAGUGUGGCUCUACCCGGACCACACAGGUGACCCCAGUAGUGCUUUCCUAAUGGCCAACGGCGAAUGCCAACGUUUGGCGACGCAGUUCUUGGACAAGGACGACAGUGCGGACUGCGUGGCGGUCUAUCGUGUGAAGAGCCCCAGGUGGGGUCUGGCGGCAUUGGACCAUUUCCACGGUGCCAAUACCAUCACCCACGCCGUGGUCGGGGGUCACGGCUCGGAUUCCACCAAGGAGGAUGGUGUGCUGGUCAUGAGCAGGAUGAUUUACCUCAGCGGGGUGAAAAGUGUCGACUCUAUGGCACUGGUAGAUACUCUCCACAUCAAGCUCACCAUGCAUGCGACCGUUUUCCUUGACUCAUGCUACGCGGGAAUCAAUGGCAUUGCAGAGAUGUUCUCUAAAAAGAUACCGGAGCACUGGAUCAUGGGUGGCACUGUGUCCUUGCAGUCAUACAUCAAGGUGCACUCCACUCCCUUCGAUGGCAGUGCGGAGAGUGGUCCCACCCAGGUGACUUCGGAGAUUGCGGAGGACAGGGUCAUCGACCCAUCACUGAAGAUCGCUAUGGGCAGAGGCAAUACUCAGGCAAACUACGUCCAGGGCAUGAUCCUUCAACCCGAAGACGGCAAGAUGGUGCAGAGCAAGAGUUACUACAAGACGGGCGAGCGAAUGGUCGCAUGGCUCGGUGGAAAGAAUAUGGGCGCUGUGACGCAAUGGCUGUAUCCCUCAGGCAAUGGCAAGGUGUUGAAGAUCGGCUCCAAGGUGAAGGUGCUGAAAUCCUUCGAAGCCUUCCGAAUGGAAACCUCCAGGACUAAGGCCUUGGCUGUCUUCCCUCAGAGCCUGCCGGAGGGCUUGAGUGGGACCUGCGUCUUCCUGCAUAGCAUUGGAAAUGCGCCAACUUCAGGAAAUGCUCUGAUUACUUUUGAUCUGCCCAAAGAAUAUCAGGAUGCAGACAAAACUGGUGGUGCUGGACAGACACUCGGUGCCUUGCUGGUCCUCACCACGGAUUUUCAGCAUUUGGAGAUUGAGGGUUUCUACGAGACCACCGCUCUGAUUCACGAUCCCUUGGGGCAGUGGGCCAUCCAGCCUGACGAGACCAUUGUCCCUGCUGAUGAUAGUGAGGUAGAAGAAGAUGAGGCAAUGGACGAAUUUGAGAAGUAUUUCCAGGGAGGCAAGAAACCGAAGAUCUUGGUGACCACCCAGAAGAAACCCAGUCGAAAGAUGUACGCGUUCCUGAAGGAGCUGGUUUGCGUCAUCCCCAACUGUUUCUACUACCCACGCAAAGAGUUUCCUUUCAAGAAGAUUUGCGAGUACGCCAGCAAUAGGGACUUCACAGAUGUGAUGCUCUUCCAUGAGAAAGCCCAAGUGUUGCAAGGUGUCUACAUCUCGCACUUGCCCAAAGGGCCCACCUCUUACUGGCGUAUCACUCGACUGAAGCUGGGUCAAGAGAUGAAGGGCGGGGCCAGCUGCAACGCCAGUCACAACCCUGAGUUGAUCCUGAAUCAGUUUGUUACUCGCUUGGGUCGACGACUGGCGCGGCAGUUGGCCGCCUUGUUCCCGCAGAGGCCUGACUUUGAGGGCAGAAGGACAAUCACCUUCCACAAUCAGCGCGACUUUGUUUUCUUCAGACAUUACAGGUACGCCUUCAAGGACAAGGGCGAAAAGUGCAAAUUGCAGGAGAUUGGGCCUCGCUUCACCAUGAAAUGCCGGUGA